AAUUCAUAAUAUCAUAUGGUAUGGAUCCAGCUUUAAUCAAAGAACGGGAGAAGUUUAAAAAAAGAGCAUUAGCAAAUGCCAUUGUCAAAAAUAAACAGGAACAAUCCUCAAACAAAAAAUCAUUAAUUGCUUCCACAAACCUUACCACAUCAUCAACUUCUAUUAAGUCUCGAUAUGAACCUCCCAUUAAUGAAAAUGAUUUAAGUAUUACAUCAUUAUCACAUAACAACCUAGGUGCAGCAACAUAUACUUCUCAUCACAAAUUUAAUGUAUUGACAAAAGUUGUAAAACACUUGAGAGAAAGAUUUUUGAAAGGAUAUUCUGAUCAUCUAUUACUUGAGGAAAUACUUGAUGAAAUGAAACUUCUAGAUGUCAAUAACAAAAUUAAGCUUUGGCUAGAAAAUGAGGCUUUACCCAACAACCCAAAAGUCAAGAUGAGUAGUAUUAAAAGCUCCGAUGGUUCCUCUAAAUUUAUGUUUAAGGCUCCGUUAGAUAUAAGGGAUAAGCGUUCCUUGCUCAAGCUUUUGGCUUACCGGGACGAACACGGACUCGGAGCCCUGACAAUGGAGGAGGUCGAAGAGUCGCUACCCAACGCUCUUAAGAUUGUGAAGCAAAUCGAAGAUUCGGUUAUCAUUCUAACUCGGCCCGGCGAUAAAAAGAAAAUAAUUUUCCACGAUGACGAAUCAUGCAAGUUUUCCAUCCAUCCAGAUUUCGUGAAAAUCUGGAAAAGCAUAAAUAUCGAGAAUAUCGACGAAUCUAAAAUCGAAGAAUCCUUGAGGAACAAAGGAAUCAACGCUAUGAAAUCUAACAACUCAGAAUUCCCCUCUGAUAAACUUACCGCAAGCCAAAGAAGUAGAAGACGCAGACUCAAUAAACCUAGAGCUCAAAAACCUUUAUCUAUGAAAUUUAAUGAACAUAUGGUCGGAGUAUUGCAGGAUUAUACGAUCAAUAAAUGACUCCAAUGUGUGUUAUGUUUGAUACGAUGAGUUAUUUAUAUAAAAAUAUUUAAAUAGGAGAAUAAAUAAUUAUUUUUUUU